CAAAAUGUUCCGGUUACUUUUCCCAAUGAGUUUUGUUUUUGUCUUGGGUUUUCAGGCAACCUUGCAAAGUAAAUCAAGCAAACAGAAUUCUGCAAAUGGUACACAACAAAACCAGUGUCGAAAGGCUGUUUCAAAGGAAUGCUGUAACUGUCGCGAUGGUAGAGACGGUCGAGAUGGGAGAAAUGGAAUAGAUGGCCGGGAUGGACGCAACGGAAAAAUGGGAGAAAAGGGUCAAAAAGGCAAACCGGGUGCGGAAGGUAAAUCACCUCAAGGUGUUAUCAAAUUUGGUGACACUGCUGCGAAUUGUACCAAGCGUACUGCUGGUACUGUCCGCUACAAAGUCCCCCAGAAUGCCUUGCUGCUGUGCGAUGGAAGCAAUUGGUUGCCACUAAUGACUGGAGGGAAAGGUCACAUGGCCAGCACACCUGGCCGUCACUGUAUGGAUAUUCUACGAUCAGGUGACAGUCGUGGUAGCGGACUUUACUGGAUCGACCCAAACGGAGGCUCGACAGAUGACUCCUUCCAAGCUUUUUGCGACAUGGAGACAGAGAGUGGAGGUUGGACACUAGUUGCCACAAAGUUGUCUCCAGGCUUCAUUUUUAUCAAAACAGCGUUCUCACCAUCGGCCGCCAAAACUAAGUAGCAGAUGCAGCGAGUCACAUCCACCCUGGCAUGGGGGACUGGGAAGAGGUCAUGUUCCGGUUCAGUGACAUCAAUACCAUCCGGGUUAUUUACAACAGGAA